CUCCACAGAAGUAAUUUACUGGCAAUAUGCACAUAAAUGUCAUGAAUAACUCAAUACAAUACAAUGUGGAAGUUUCUUUUAACCUGAAGUAGUCUUUAUUAAAGUGUACAGUAAUAUGUUCACUAGUGUUCUCUACAGAAGUAAUUUACUGGCAAUAUGCACAUAAAUAUAACUCUCAACAGUGAUCCUGAAAAGAAAUAGAAAAUGAGGUCUAACAUGGAAAUAAAGCAUUUCUGGAUGUACAUCCAUAUACCACAUUUUAUUUCUCUGUAUGUGGAGAAUGCUUCCUGGCACUCUGGCCAUACCUUUAUGUUAUACCUUGUCUAUUGGACUUCAGACUUUAUCAUAAACUAAAAGGCAGGAAUAUAUUUAAUAAUGAGUUUAAUUCACUGUAACAAAGCCUGUACAACCACCUUUUAGUAGAGAUGAGCUCCUAUUUCAUAGACUAAUUCAUAGAAGACAGUUUGAACACAAAAUAUUUUAUUUGUACACGUAAAUUAUAUUUUAGUGCGAUAAUGAGAGCAAUUUUCUUAGAACUUUCCAGAAUUUGUCUUUAUUUUAAUUUCGUUUUAUCAAGCCAUUAUGUUCCACUGUAACUUUGACUUGUUUCCAUAGGCUAUAACAAAUUUAAACUAUAAAUGAUAUUGUAGUAACCUAGUGUCCAUAAAUAAUGCUAAACAUUUUAUUCUUUUGUAUUUUCUUUUCAUGUAUUUUAAGGUACAUCAGUGAACCGCAUUUGGUGGUGUUCGUACAGAUAUUUUACUUGCUAGAAAGAAUAUAAUUGGUGGCUUUCAGAUUUACACAUACAUACGCACCAGUUUUCUGUACAAUGAAACUAAAUGCAGUUUUCUUGGUGCACUGCAUUAAAAAUCUCUCCGUUUGUAAGAUUUAUUGCGGUAAAGUUUUGGGAAUUGUAACGUCGGCGUUGUAAAGACAUUACAGAAACAAAAACCAAUAUUCAUAACUGUAUUAAAAUGAAAAAUAGCUACAAAUCCAUUUCAUCUUAGGAAAGUGCGUGUUUCUGGUUAAACUGUGUACUGACUUGGAGUAGACAAAGUUUAUAAAUGUAUCCGCUGGAGUCGCAACACUCAAAAGAAAUAAGUAUCCUAACACGUUUCAUUGCUACUCACUCGGUGUACAAUCAAUUUAGUUUAGCUAUUACAGUUCAACUUGGGUUCUCAAUCUUUUCGGAAUAAAAAACGAAAGACUAGCAACUAAUACCCCUCCUGGUUGCCGAAAGGCAUGCCAUGUGUGUGGCAAGGCCACAAGCUAGAAAGUAGAUAGUAGAAGCUACGUUAGUUCAUUUGUUACCUCACAGAAUACUCUCUAGCGGAAUGACAACAUUCCGCGCGGAAAUUUCAGUUCAUAAAAAUUAUGUCUAAAAAAAACAUUUGGGUGUAUGUUUUUGUUCACUUAUAAUAAUUUAAAACGUCUCACAGGAUUCUUAUUAUACUAAUUUAGUCGCAAUGAUAUUUUCUGAAACUUUGAAUAGUAAAUUCGGUACGAUAAGGUGCAUCUGUGGAAUACACGAAAUCUCUGGGAGUGGUGUUUAUAAACAAAAUCUUAAGUGUUUGUUGAACUGUUGCGUAAACGGCAAGAAACAAGGAAGAUUUUAUUUUAAAGUACUGUUUGAGUUAACUAAAAAAACUAAAAUGUUUCGGGAAGAACUGGAUCAAGAUAGUGGUUACAGCAUUGUACUUUUCCUCGUGGAGAACGUGCGAAAUACGCCGGAACUCAGAAAGCUGGUGAUUAGUGGUGGUUUGGAGUGUUGUAUCGUAAAACCAAGUUUAAUUGUAAAUCCGUUUCAAGUGGUGGUUGCCGCAAACAAGGCAGUGAUGUCAAUGGGGCGCGGCAAAAUGAGUACGAGGAACAUAUAUACCGAAAUUUUGUAUAACUUAUCGCCAACUAAGCAGAUUUCCCAGUCGCUAAUAAAAUUUGGGAUAGAUGAUAAAGAAGAUCGUAUUCUUGUUUGUGUUUUGGAGAAAUGCGGUGAAAAGAAAGCGGAGAAGGUGUUGGAAAAAAUUCAAGGCGAUGAAUGCUCUAUAGACCAACUAAACAAAUUUACGGAUGAAAUGCUUGUCAAGAAAACGUACAAAAUCAGCGACAGUGAAUGCUAUUCAUCUAAUAUUUUAGACUCCGUUGUCAGUCGAAUUUCUACUAAGGAAGUAGUUGUAUGAUAGUUCCAUUACAAAUCAUGCUGUAGGUCUACUUAUUCUUAUAUGUCAGGGAGAUUGUUUUAUAAUAUCAGAAACUUGUAUAUCAGUUUGAGUGGAUACGUAAUAUGGUGAACCAAGUCGACAAUCUCAUGUUGAUUCAAUGGAUUUACAGUUUGCUGAGGAAAGAUGAAUCCAAAAAUGUAAAAAGUGAUUAAUGCACUUCUUAUGAAUUUCAACGUUUUACGUUGAAAGCUCUUUGAUGCAUGCAUGUCAGUGUUGGACUGGUGUGUGUGUGUGUGUGUGUGUGUGUGUGUGUGUGUGUGUGUGUAGGGGGACAGAUAUUUUGCUAUUUUAUUUUAGAGUUAGUAACUGCUGUAUUCUUGUUUAGAAGAGGCAAUAGAGCAAAGAAGCAGUUAUUGAUUCUUGGAUUUCAGAUGAAUUAUUUCCAUAUAGUGUAAAGCCAUACAGGCAAAAAUUAAAAAAUUAUUGACUGACUAUAAAAAAGUUAUCACGAAAAAUCAGAUGUAACUAAGCUAGGCGAAUAUUGUAUCAUCAUAACUAAUUCAAAAGUUAUGAUGAAGGCUCUUGUUGAAAUAUUCAGUAUGACCAGUGUAGAAAAGAUUCUUCUCUAAGACAAUAUUUAAGCAGCCUGUGAUGUCUCGAAUAGGCACAGAGUUGGUCAUUUGACACACAACCACUACUGGAGUUUAAAGGAUACAAUUUACAAAAUUACCAUUCAACAAGGACUAAUAAUGAAAAUAAUAAGAGUAUGAACUUUUUGUAGAAUUUGGUUGCUGUGGCUUUACUUUGAGCAAUUUGACACUAUAGUUAUACAUUGUGAUCUGGAGUUGAUUAAUGGUAAGCAGGAGAAAUUGUUCACUUACAUAAACAGUUUUGUCUGAAAUUAUUAUCAGAUGAUAAAAAUUUAAGGUUUUGCCUUCAUAUUACUAUUACUGGUUUACAUAAAUGAACACAAUUACAGCAGUUUGUCCGUAUAAGUCACAGUGCCAUGCAAAUAACCUUGCUUUUCACAAAAUGAUAUUUUGUCGUAAGCUGAAGUAUUUGAUUAAUGAACGGUCUUUGUUAUCUGCAAAUAUCUCUCACAGAAAAAUGCUUGAGAUGUGUUUUUCAAUGAAACAGCUCAGUGCCUUUGUAAUGUAAAAAUUUCUCUGUCACCAAUUGAUGGUCUGUUUUUAUGUGCAAGAACUACUAAAGCUUUUGUAGAUAUUGCCAAAGUCGGUAGAUGUUUCAAUGCAACUUAAAGAAGAAAAUAUAAAAUGUGAUAUAUACACAGUAAGAGAUGUUUCCAAUAAGAUUUGUCUCUUGCUAGAAUGACACAGAAACAACAGAAGAGUAUAUAUCGAAAGUGUAAAAUAAUUUAGAGGUAUAACAAAACAGAUGCUAUGGCUUACAUUCAGUUUCACUAACCUGACCCAAUUGUGCUAUAAAAUGGAAAUAAUAGAAUAAAGAGCUGUAACUUUCAUCAAAUAAAAUACAAAAAUAACAGGCAUUUUGGCCACGUUGCAAUGCCUGUCCUUAGGGACAAACAUCAAUUAUUUUACAUGGUGACGCAUCAGCACAGCUCCCCUGAAGGUUGACGAGGAAUGGAAGUAGACCAUUUUAAAAAAAAAAAAAAAAAAAAAAAAAACCCAC